AUGGAAGUACGAUCACAAUUGAAUCCAGCAUCUGAUCUUCAUAUAAUUCAUUUGAAACAGAAGAUACCAGAAGAAGUUCUACUCGAACCUCCAUUCGAAGAUGCACUUCUUUAUCCAAAAACAAACACACGAGUCAAGUCUUCAUGUGAAAUUCUCGAACAAGCUACGCUCGUAGCUCGAUUUACAUUCGAUAAUGCUACAACACCAUUUCUCGAUUCUGGACCUAAUUUGACACCAGCUAAUGCUUUCUCUUAUUCACUCGUACCAGGUCCUAAAUCUUCAACAGCAAUCUCAUUCAGUGGUUCAAAUAGAUCGUAUUUUCAAGCAGUUGGCUUCACUACUCUUAGUCUUUCUAAUCAUGAAUUUUCUAUUGCAAUGUGGAUCAAACCUCAAUCACAAUCGGGCACAAUCAUUCAUAUUUCAACUGCAUCAAAUGGUACUGGUGCUGGUUGCAUGCCAUUCAUGGGUUUGGCUACUAAUGAACUUCUUGUCGUACAAAUUCCCAUUUCUAAAAGUGUUUCAUUAUUAUCAUCGCCUAUCACUUUGAAUGUCUGGUCACAUAUUGUAAAAACAUGGAGUCCAGCAUCUGGCUUACGUCUUUAUGUAAAUAAUGUCAUGGUAUCUUCAUUACCUACAGCGAAUUUGUUUUUACCUUAUAGUCAGUCACCGGUAUAUGUGACAUUGGGCAAUGGUCUUCCGGCUUCAGUGAGUUGUAGACAAGGAAUACUUAACUCUACGAUUCCAUUCACUGGUGCUAUCGAUGAUUUUCGAGUAUAUAAUCGAGAACUAACAGCCAGCGAUAUAUGUGCAAUCUAUUCUAGUUCCUGA